AUGGAACAAGAAAACAUUGAGGCUAAGCAACAAGUUGGAGAUGCGAGUGCGAUCUCCCAAGAGGUCGCUGAAAAGGGUGAGGCACCAGCUGAAGUCUCAAACAGCCCAAAGCCGCCUAGCGACGCGGAGAAGCUUAUUGCGUUCAUGGAAGAUCACUAUGACGACGUCGUUGGCCGCGUGGAAUCCUUCGAUGAGUUCUACCACGCCAUUUUCGAGCUCAUCGAAAUGUUCUGCGAGGAACGUGGGCAGCUGCAGUACAGGAUAGCAGAGAAGAAAACCCUCGAGGAUGCGUAUAACAAGCACCACAGGUCGGAUGGGAAGGUGACGAAGGAGGAGUUCGAGGCGAUGAGCAGGGAGGUGGUGAAGGCCGGCAGCUUCAGGGUGGGCAAGGCGAGCGUGGAGCUGGGCAUGCUGCUGUUCGGCGCCCCGGCGUGCGCGCUGCUGGCCAAGAGGAUCCUGCCGGGGCUGGGCUGGCUGUCGGACGACGUCGUCGUGCCCCUCGCCACCUCCGGCUCCGUCGCCUACCUCAUCAAGUCCAAGAGGCUGUGA